GCUCGGGAAAUGGGUGGCUGCGUUGUCUUGGGUCGGGUUUGGAGUGGCUCGUGGUGGGGGUUGAGGGUCUGCGCAGCGCCCAGGAACGCAGGCUUUGCCACCGAGGCCCGGCAUCAGCUGCGACCUAGAGGCUCCAGCAAACGGUUAGGGCCUCUCGGGGACCAGUCCUUCCUGGGCCUGUUACGGACAAAGAAUCUCAGUCGGGAGAAGUUGGUCGAUGUGCUGAGGGCAGCCGUGGUGGAACAGAAAGGACCUCUAGUGACCCUGAAUAAACCACAAGGACUGCCAGUAACAGGAAAACCAGAAGAGCUGACAUUGUUCUCAGUGCUGCCAGAGCUGAGCCAGUCCCUGGGGCUUGGGAAGCAGGAGCUCCAGGUUGUCCGAGCACCUGGGAAGGAGACCUCUGGGCUUGUACUCCUUUCCAGUUGUCCCCAGACAGCAAGUUGCCUUCAGAAGUUCUUCAGCCACUCGCGUAGAGCCCAGAGACCAACAGCCACCUACAGUGCUGUCACUGUUGGGAUCCCGGGUGUUUCUGAGGGGAAGAUCCAAGCAGCUCUGAAACUGGAACCCACUGAUGGGGUGAAUCUUGUAGUUCCAGUGAGGAACCCAUCCCGGAAGGACAUCCUAGAAGGUGUCAAGAAGACCCUCAGCCGCUUCCGUGUGGUGGCCACAGGCUCUGGCUGUGCCUUGGUCCAACUGCAGCCACUGACAGUGUUCCCCAAUCAGCUCCAGGUGCACAUGAUACUACAGCUUUGUCCCGUGCUCGGCGACCACAUGUACUCUGCUCGAGUGGGCACUGUCCUGGGCCAGCGCUUCUUGCUGCCACCUGAGAACGCCAAGCCCCAAAGACAGGUCCUGGAUGAAACCCUCCUCAGACGCCUCCACCUGACUCCCUCCCAGGCUGCUCAGCUGCCCUUGCACCUCCACCUGCAUUGCCUCCUCAUCCCAGGCCCCAGGCCCAGGGACACCCCCAUCGAGCUUCUGGCACCCUUGCCUCCAUACUUCUCCAGGACUCUCCAGUGCCUGGGCCUCCACCAACAAUAGUCCCCCUCUAUUUCUGACCUCUCGCUGGAAAGCAGAGGGGGCGCUUUCUUUGCACCAGACCCAAGGAGAACGAGGUCAGUGUUCAACAUUCAUAAAGCCAUGGUUUAAGUCCUGGGCUCUACAGUCAGACAUACCUAAGAUCAACUCCUUUCUAGGCCACUUGCUUGCUAUGUGGCAUUGGACAAGUAACUUCACCUCUCUGGACUUGAGAUAAUAAAAAU